AGACCCAGCCACCCAGGCAGAACCUCAGUGAAGUCAAUGGGGCUCUGGGCAGAUACAGAGUUCUUCCUAAACUGAGCAAGCUUGUUGGGGUUCUACUUUCCACACACACUCACUCUCCCUUCUACAUGAGAGUCCAAGGUUACGGUGCAUAGAGAGUGGAGUUAUAUCUGCAACAAUGGGUUUGCACCCGUGAUGGUUCUAAAUAUAGACUAAAUGUAAACUUUCCCCACCAUGCAAUGUAAUGCAGGAUCAAGCGCCUUUUAUUCGCUAAGUUGAGCUCUCAUAUGCUUCAAGUGCCCAGUGGAUGCUGACAGAACAUAAGUUGGGCCCAUUUUCUUUUCUCUUUGUUUCCAAAAUCUAUAUUCUUUUAAUUGUCAGUGUUCUUUUAGCUUUUACAAAUGAUAUUUCUAUUAGGAUUUCAGUGCAACAUACAUCUUGAUUUAAAAUGAAAGAGGAUUCUACGAGAUGAAAUGAUGUCUCUAAAGACAGUGCUGGAGAAUCAGGAAAGAGCACUAUUGUGAAACAAAUGAAGAUCAUCCAUAAAGAUGGCUUCUCAAAUCAGGAAUGCAUGGAGUUCAGAUCUGUUAUUUACAGUAACAUAUUGCAAUCCAUCCUGGCUAUCGUGAAGGCGAUGUCCACUUUAGGGAUUGAUUAUAAAAACCCUGCCAGUAGAGAAGAUGAAAGACAACUGUACACUAUGGCAAAUUCUCUAGAGGAUGGAUCCAUGACUCCUGAAUUGUCUGAAAUCAUAAAGCGACUGUGGAGUGACCCUGGAAUCCAGGCCUGCUUUGAAAGGGCAGCAGAAUAUCAGCUCAACGACUCAGCAGUUUACUAUCUCAAUGAUCUGGAGAGGCUGACAGCUCCUGGAUAUGUUCCCAAUGACCAAGAUGUUCUGCGCUCAAGAGUGAAAACAACUGGAAUUAUUGAGACUCAGUUUUCCUUCAAAGAUAUGAACUUCAGAAUGUUUGACGUGGGUGGACAGCGAUCAGAGAGAAAGAAGUGGAUUCACUGCUUUGAAGGAGUUACUUGCAUCAUAUUUUGUGCUGCACUCAGUGCCUAUGACAUGGUCCUGGUGGAAGAUAAAAAUGUGAACAGAAUGCAUGAAAGCCUUCACCUGUUCAACAGUAUCUGUAACCACAAGUACUUUGCUACCACCUCCAUUGUGCUGUUUCUAAAUAAAAAGGACCUCUUCCAAGAAAAAAUAACAAAAGUUCAGCUCAGUGUCUGCUUUCCAGAAUAUGAUGGACUAAACACAUUUGAAGAUGCAGGAAAUUACAUCAAGAAGCAGUUCCUAGACUUGAAUUUAAAGAAAGAAGACAAGGAGAUAUAUUCUCAUAUGACCUGCGCCACAGACACCCAGAACAUCAAGUUUGUUUUCAAUGCAGUAACAGACAUCAUAAUCAAAGAAAACCUGAAAGACUGUGGCCUCUUUUAACCAUUUGCUCCCUCAGCUCCAUCCUCUCUAUCUUCCUCUACCUCUCUCUUCUCACCACUCUUUAUCCUGCAUGUUGGUUGUGGUGGAAAGAGAAAGUGCUGUCAGCUGGGCUUUGGUUAGAUAUAACUUUAUACCUUGGAUGUAGUUUGCAUUGUAGAACAAAGACCCCUGUAAGGAGUGUCAUGAGAUUAUAUGAUCCUGAUGUUGAGAGAGUCUGUGCUCCCAUACCUCUUAUUGGAAUCAGUAGGAGUUUCCUGCUAAAAUCAAUAUGAGUUAAAGUUGAUCAGCAUUUCUCAAGAUAAGGCCCUGUAUUCUUCAAUGAUGGGGGGAAAGUGGUGGAAAGUGAAAGACAAUAUGCAAGAAGGGUUGUGUGGGGUUUUUUUAAGGUUUAAGAAAACCUUAAUAUUUAAAAACAUAUCUCUGAAUGUUAUCCAGUCAUUUCAGUUCAGUUUUCUUGUGUUUUCAUGUUACAUUGAUGGUUCAAAAUUAUGUUGCAUUAAUACAACAAUUUUUAUGCAAAUAUAGAAUAACAUGCCCCGAUGGCAUUUUAGAUUGUUGUAUUUAGUUGGCUUAUGGCGCAGCAAUGCAAAUCAGAUUUCUCAAUAUUAUUAUAUGUGUCAAAGUUUACGGAAUAUAUAUGUAGAAAUACAUACAUAAUUCAUACAAGAGCUAUAUACUGAAUUUUAAAAAAAUGUAAUAUUGGAAGCAUGAGGCAUCCAAUUUUGGGAAAAAUCAUUGAUAUGUGGUAGAGCAGAAUUAGAGAUAUACCUUACAGUAUAUCCCUUAAGGAUAAACUGCAAAUCUUUCUUUGUAGCUGCUAAGACAUGAGUUUAAGGUUCUGAAACCAGUUAUCUCUGGUCAUAGCGUGAUAGCUGCCAUCUUGGAUGACUGAAAGAUCUAUAUAUGUGCAGAAAGUUAAGGGGUAUAGAGAACAUAUAAACAAACAUAUGAAGGGGCAAACGCCAAAGAGGGAGAGGAUUGAAAUGUAGGAUUAGUGGAAUAAAAUUAAGAAAGGAAAAUUUUAGUCCUAGUUUCAGGAAAAUCCUUUUGACAGUAACACCCAUUAGACCUCGUAUAGUCUCUCACUUGGGUCUUUUAAAGCUAAACUGAAUAGAACACUAGAAAAUGGAGUGUAGUGGACAGUCCUGCAUUACACAAGAUGACCAAAUACAGUAGGGUCUGCCAUUCCUAAUAUCUGUGUUUCUAUUAACUUCUGAAUUGCAGUCCUUUCAUUGACUUUCAUUAUUUGUGUAUUCAGUAAUGUGUAUUCAAUGCCAGCACCUUGGGAUGACUUUAAAUCAACAAAUCAUGUUUAAAAUGAACCCUGUCAAGAGUGGCAGCAUCAAAAUUAAUUUCUGAAUGCCUUUUUUAAACCCUUGCUUAUAAUUGAAAAACACAUGCGUUAUUUAUUAUAUCGUUCACACCACUUCAAGCAAGAGCAUGAGCAAAUGAAUGGACCUUAUACUGUGCCCUGAAGUUCAACAAAUGUAAAUUGCACACUGUGGGGUUUUAUGCUGCAUCCUAUGAAGCAUCUGGUGUUGACCACUCUCAGAGACAGGAUUCUAGGCUUCAAGACCCAUCGCUCUGAUGCAGAAUGGCAAUUUCUUUGUUCUUAAACUUGAGAUCUUGGAAGCCAACAACAGGAAUGAGCUCCAGCAUUGCGGGCCCAACACCAAAACUAUUCUAAUGCUCCCAAAAGUGCAAAUAUAAUGACUUUUAAGAGAACUUCUGAUCUCAGCUGUCAGAAAGGCAUUAUCUAUUGUACCCAGAACCAAGACUAUGCCUGUAAAAUGACCAGUUUUUCCCUCAGGAAUAUUUGCAUGCAAAACCUGAUCUUUUCACAAAUAUUUGCAAACUUUGUCAGAAGCAAAUCUCUCACCGAAUACAGCCCUUCACUGCAAAAUGAUCUAAUUUUGCCAACUAAGGAAAUUCAUCAACUUGCUUAAAAUCACCACAAGAAGAAAUUUACUAUGGGCCCAGUUCUGUGAGGUACUGAGAGCCAUCCACUCUCUUUGAAGUCACCAUUCACAGCAAAGAGAGAUUGAAAGUGUUGAGAACACUUUCAGGCCUAGAGAUUAUGCAUCUAUCUCUGAAUACUGAUUUAUUUAGGAAUAGAGAACAGAUUAUUAAAAAUGAACUAAUUCCUGAUUUCUCAAUUGCUUUUUUUUCUUUUAAAAAACCCAUAAUUAAUAUAAUUGAUUACUUUGUAAUACAUAACACUUCUUGAA